CACUUACGUCAGUCCCAUGAUGGCUGAAGAUCCUGGAGGAACAUUUUUCAAUUUCUCUCCCACUUUUUUAUUUUUCUCUUUACCUCUGCUUGUCAUAGAGACAUGGCAGGAUACACAGCCUCGAUAAGCGGCCACAGACCCUUGUUACCGCCAUGCCCAAGAAAGGGAACCGAAAACGGCUGAAAUUUCGGGCCGGGGACGUCUGCUCGGAGUCAGUGACAGUUGCUGAUUUCGCCAAUGCCGACCCAGCCGUAGUGAAGUCAGGGAGGGUAAAAAAGGCAGUUGCCAAUGCAAUUGAAAAAGAAGUGAAGAUGUUGUGUGGGCUAGAGGGGUCGCAGGGUUCCUUACAGGAGGUGUUCUCGUCAGCGUCCACCCUCACCGGAGACACCCUGGAGAGUAGCGACGACCUCGGGGAGGAUGGAGAGAACGAGGCCAAACAGGCCCGCAAGAAGAAAAACAAGAGGAGGAAAGAGUGCAGUGAGUGCAGUGAUGGGGAGGACUACACAGUGGAUAUCUGGCUGGUGCUGGCUUCCUAUAUCCGUCCAGAGGAUGUGUGUACAUUUGCUCUGAUCUGCAGAAACGCCUGGACCGUCACCUGCACUGCUGCCUUCUGGACCAGACUAUACAGGAGACACUACAGUCUGGAUACUCACCUGCCGUUCCGUCUGCAGCCAGACUCCAUAGCCAGGAAGCGUUGUCUACGGGCUCGCGUGAUUCGCUCCCUCUUCCACCUGUAUGAGCCAUUCAGCUCACGUGUCUCCCUGAACCCUGCCCUCCCAGAGUCCACGCCCACCACGCUACUCAACUCCAAGUGUCUGCUGUUCUGGGUCAAUAAGGUUGUGGGUACUCGACCUGAUCCUAUGUGGGAGUUCAACUUCAAGUUUGUGAAGCCGGCGGUGAGGUGUAAGGGUGGUAAUGCCACCCGGGGUCUGCUGUUGCCCCGUCAGUAUGAGGAUGUCAAUGCUAACCCAGACUCAGACUGCUACUUGCUGCAGGUCACCACCCUGAACUUCAUCUUUACCUCUGUCGUCAUGGGGAUGACCCUCGCCCUGUUCAACAUCAACGUGAGCACGGACAUGCGUCACCACCGAGUGCGCCUGGUAUUCCAGGACUCUCCCCCCCAGCGGGGGAGGAGGGGGGAGCAGGGGGGGACACAGGUGGUGCUGGAUCCUGUACACAGCGUGAGACUCAUGGACUGGUGGCAUCCGCAGUACCCUUCCUCCCCCUAUAUCUAAAACCCAUGUCUCAUCACGUGUAGAACCCUCUUACUAUCCCACACACACAUUACCCCCUUUACUCCUAAAACCCUGACUGUACCGUCUGCCCGUAC